AAACUCAUUUCUUGAUCAUUCUCAAGAGCUCUGCAAUUCUGAAUAACCCUCAAGGGAAAGAAACCAUUUUGAUGGUUUUGCCUUUGUUGUAUUGAUAUAUAACAAGCUUCUAAUCUUAAUAUUGGUAUAACAUGUGAUGAGAUCUCCUUACAUCAUCAUUUCACUUGUUCUCUUCUUCUUCCUUUCACUAAUCCUCCAAACCCGUCAAAUAAACAUUGAUCAAACUCACCGGAUUGGCUCCAAUGUUCAAGACGUCAAUGAUGUGGCGGUAACUUCGCCGGAAGGGAGAAGAAGAGAAGGGUUUAGAGUUCGGCGGCCGAUGACCACAUGGCGGAAGGGGAAGAUGCUCAGUGACAGGAAACAUGGAGUCCCAAGUGGUCCAAAUCCCAUCUCCAAUAGGUAGAAAUAUAUAAUGUAGAGCUGCUUGUAUGAAUAUUUUGCCUACAGUAGUCUAGUAUAUAUCUUUCUUUAAUUCUAAGGUUGU